AUGAGCAACAAGAAGCCGUCUGUUGUGGUCACCGAUGGGGAUAAAGCUAUGCGGGUAGCAAUUGCGGAGGUGCUGCCUUCAGCCAAGUAUCGCCUACAUGGGUGGCACUUGAAGAAAAAUUGUAUCCAAAGGGUGAAAGAACCUGAAUUUUGGAAGGUGUUCAAGAAGGCAGUUUAUGCAAACUUUGAUAUUGAAGAGUUUGAGGAGUAUUGGAAGACGGCCGUCGAGAGUCUCGGAUUAAUGAACAACAGUUGGGGCAUAAAUGCUUUCAUCAAAGGGUUUCUUAAGUCCAUAAAUAGCAUUUUGAAAUUGGUUCACAACUUGGAUUGGGUGGUGAAAUACUGCCACAAUAAUGAGGUGACAACUCAAUUUUUCUCGUCGUAUUACACGCCAGUACUGACAACAGGUUUGGAUCUGAUAGAGCUGUUUGCUUCGAAGAUAUACACCAUAGCAGUCUUUAAGCAGGUUAGGAAACAAAUCAAUGGGGUUGAGACUUUACUCUUUUUGGGCAAGGACAGCAUAAGCACAACAACUGUCUACAACUUCUCAAAGAUAAGGAACCGUUGUAGGGUCCGUAAGGUGCUAUACAAUCCGAGUGAACCGAAGAUUGAAUGUGAUUGUCAGAUGUGGAAUAAUGAAAGUAUUCCUUGCUGUCACAUAUUUUGCGUGAUGAAGCACGAGGGUUUGGAUGAAAGGUUUGAUACUGAGGAGGUGGUAUAA